AAUUACUAAUCUCCAAAAACAAUGCCAGAACUUAUUAAUGCAAACCCAACGAUUUAUACUCCUUCAAAAAAAUCUCAUAGAGUUAUAACGCCUGAAGAAGAAGACGAAAAUAUUGAAGAUAAAAUUGACUCUCGAGAAGUAUUUGAUUUAAUAAGAUCAAUAUCAGAUCCUGAACAUCCACUUACUCUUGAAGAAUUAAAUGUAACACAACUCGAGCAUGUUACAGUUGAUGAUAAUAAUGAUCGUAUCGUAAUUGAAUUUACUCCUACUAUACCACAUUGCUCUAUGGCUACUCUUAUUGGUUUAUGUAUUCGUGUUAGAUUGCUUCGUUCUUUGCCUGAACGUUUCAAAGUUGAUAUUAAUGUUAGGAAAGGAACUCAUCAAUCUGAACAAGCUGUUAAUAAACAGUUGAAUGACAAAGAGCGUGUUGCUGCUGCUCUCGAAAAUACUCAUUUACUUGAAGUCGUAAAUCAAUGUUUAACAACCGCUAAUGCUCGUGGUAACAUUGAUAAAUAAAUAUUCAUGAGAAAGAUAACCGAUUAAAAUUUAAUCUUAACUGAUGAGUUACUUAGCUAUGAAACUAAGAAAGAAUGUGUAUGAUUUUUUAAUUUUAAUUUAUUCAAAUUUCAAAAUGGUUAAUUCUGCAUUUAAUCUAAAAUUUCAAUUCUAUAUUUUAAAAUUGUUUAAGUCGGAAAAGAGAUUUAAGAAAAGAAUGUAUAAAGUGGGAUAAAAAAGUAUAGGAAGUCUUGCUAUAUAUUAGAACAAGCUAAAAAAAUUGUCUCACAAUAUCUAUGUAAAAAUAGUAUAUAUUUCUUUUUUUAAGAAAAAUUCUCAUUGAUCUAUUUAUUAAAUUCACAUGAAUUUAAAUGUUUAAACAUUAUAUAAAAGUUCUUAUUUGCAGUAUUUAUUAAUGUAUUAACACUUGUUAUUAAAUAAAAGAAUGAAUUUGUUUUACCUGUAAUCGGCUUU